AUGCGAUCAAUAUUUUGGCCCUACAAUGAGGCAUUCUUCCUCAUUUUAGUCUUCUCAUCCCUCCUUCUGGAGGCCGGGUCUCGUCCCGAUGAAGUGGACAACACAGGUCAGACUCCGCUCCUGGUUGCUUGUCAGGCCGAUCAUGUACGGGUUAUCCGUCUUCUUCUCAAACCGGCCCUUACUCUAGAGGAUGAACACGCUUCAGCAUCGGCAGGUGCGGCAACGGGGUCAGCCACGCCCUGUCACCCCGCUGCUGGACAGUUGCUUGAUGAACUAACGGACGACAAGUCAACCCAGGAGAAUCUAAGUUCCGACUUCAACGGACACGACUUUCUGGCCCGUUCCAGUCUCGACACCAUCAAUCGCGCCGCUAUGGACGGCCGAAGUCCGCUACGAGCGGCGGCUCUCAAUAAUAACAUCACCCUGGUGCAAACUCUUCUCGCUCUCGGAGCUGAUCCGGACCAACAGGUGAGCUUUUUGUGCACUACCGUUUUAACUUGA